AGUGUGGUGCCAGUGCCGGUCGGGGGAGGUCCAGCGGUGCUCCUCGCGCGUGUGUACGACUCGAUCGCACGGCCGCAGCGAUAGGAGACUGGACUGAACAGGACCUCAGACGGCACUGGAGCUGCAGGGAGACGAGGGGGACCGUGACAGAUGGUGGAAUGAUGUAACUACAGCUUGGCAGCGCGUCCGCUAGAUGCCAGCACCGUGCGGCGGCCGCAGCGGUGCGCUGCCGCCGCCGCCGCGUCUGCCGCAGCCGCGCAACGUUGACGACCUGAUCCGGGACCUGCAGCGCAUCAACCUGUCUCAGUGUCUGGACCAGCUGAACACGGACAUCAGUCAGCUGAACCAGAUGGAGCACCAGCUGGGCUCCUGGACCGGCCUAUACGUGCGCUGUCCCGGCCCGGAGCCGGACGAUCUCGGUCACGACCCGGCCGACAAGAAGAGCUCCUCCGGGUACAGCACCGAGAGCGCCUCCCCUCCGGACAGCCGGGAUAUUAGUGACGAGGCGGCGGGCGUCUGUGUGGACGGCGCCUGCUGUGAGACGGAGGUGAAGCGGCGCCUCUCGGACGAUGAAGAUGACGCGGGGUUUGUGAGAGAGUUCGGGGACCUGGCCGCCGCCCGGCCGCGCUACCACUCCGUGCGACUGCUCGGUACCGGAGGUGGUCCGCUGAAGUUCAGCUCGCCUCGCGCGCCGGCCGGUGUGGAGGGGUUCCGUCCGGCGGCGGCCAGUACUCCGGCUCCGGCUCCCGGGUCGGUCCGCACUCCCCGCUCGCCGAAAACGCUCCGGUUCGCCGCCACGGCCGAGCUGAUCGCGCCUGAUUCGCCGUCCCGCCGCCAGGUGGCCAGCGGCGCACCGCGGCCGGGGAUCCUCCGGAGCAGCGGUCGGCACGGCGGCGGCGGCGGCGCGGCGGGCAGACAGGGGGCGCCGAGCGGCGCUCAGGCCCGGCGGGAGAGUGCUGAGCGGGUCACCCGCGCCGUCUCCGCGCUCAGCCGGCUGGAUGCCGAGCUCAACGGCUCCGUGGGCCGCACCUACGGCACUGGUCAGUUCGUCAGCCCGCGGCGACGCGCCUCGCCCGGGCCCCGCCCGCCACCGCCGCUGGACCCCCUGGUGCUGGUCCGAACCGCCACCGACACGGAGGAAUCGGACACCGAGGGGGCCGACCUCCCGCCGCCGCCGCCGCCAGCCGACUCCGGCGAGCCCGACCCGGUGCGGUGGCGGCGCCCCAAACCGGCGCCUCCUCCACCGCAGCUCCGGCCGCCGCGCCGCAAACUGGCCUGGCUGCUGAGCUGCGCCAGUCGCCGGCGGAGGCCCUCCCCUCCGUCCGCCUACCUGAGCGCACCGCCGCCCGCCGCCGCGCCCGCCGCAGCGCUCUUCAAGUGCAACCUGUGCAAGGCGCGCUUCCCCGAGCACGUGCUGCUCGUGGCGCACGUGCACGAGCGGCACGUGCGCGUCCAGGUGCGGCCCAAGUACAGCUGCGGUCUGUGUCCGGCGCGGUUCUACGCCAGUCGGUUCCUGGCCAAACACUGUUCGUACCACCACGCAGCCGCGGGCGACAGAAGGACUCAGCAGUACGUCAGGAUACGGCGGAUCGUGUGACGGGCCGCGGGACAAAGAGUGACCUGAGAGUACAAAUUGCGCGCGCGGUGGGUGUGCGGAGCCUGUCCCUCACUCCGGGGUCUGAGUGGGGAGGGGAGGACAGCGUCUUGAUGCGCCCGGAGGUCGAGUGGUCAGAGGGGAGGCCGCCGCCGCGACCAGUGGAGACGAUCAGCCUCGCCGGGCCGAUCAGUGUGACGUCAUCAGAUGGAUGACGUCACACACUGAUCGGCCCGGCCGAGCAGCCUCAGAGGCGAGGUCCGUCAAAAUAACCGAUUCGAUGUUACCUGCCAAACUGAGAGGCUAACGCCGAGUGCUGACGACCACUGGCAGGCAGGCGUCAGCCAUACGAGCGUCCAUACGACGGAGGACGAGAGCGGGCCAAAACGACUGCAGCGUCAUCUAUAAAACAGGUAGACGAACCUGCCCAGCUAUAGAUGUCAGCACUAUCCGAGCUGUAGCGCUCGCCGCUAUCGAAUUAUGCUACUCAGCUUUGAUGAAGGUGAACGCAAGGAACCAUGUUCAUCCGAAAAAACGGGCGCCGAUUUGAACGAGUAUGUCACGUCGCACACGCCAUUUUCAUUCAUUAUAAUCACGCGAAUGCGAGUGUUCGGGUGUGUUGAGGGCGAGUAUAGUCAUUGUUCUGCGCUUAUGUGAGCGACCUGGCGUCGAGGGGAGCGGUGACCCGUCGGCCAACGGGCAGCUGGGAACGGACUAGUCGCAACUGUAGCGUGUAGCCGGGUAGCCCGGGCCGUGCCGUCGGCGGGCGGGCCACAGGCGCCGGCCCGUUAUUGUGCUACGCGUACUUUUAACAAUAAAUUCCCCAAGCAAAGAAUG